GCGUUGUGUUCUCGCGGGACUAGGGCGUUCUCGUCACGUGAUCUGUUCCGCUCUACGCCUGUAGUCGUCCACGAAAUGGAGUGUCGUGAUUCCAAGGAACCUGAGCAGCUCAGGAAGCUGUUCAUCGGCGGUCUGAGUUUUGAAACCACUGAAGAAAGCUUGAGGGCCCAUUUUGAGCAAUGGGGAACGCUUACAGACUGCGUGGUGAUGAGGGAUCCCAACAGCAAGCGGUCCCGUGGCUUCGGCUUCGUAACGUACUCAAACGGCAGCGAGGUGGAUGAGGCCAUGAGUGCCCGACCACACAAAGUGGACGGGAGGGUGGUGGAGCCAAAGAGGGCCGUUUCCCGAGAGGACUCCUGUAGACCCGGCGCCCAUCUGACGGUGAAGAAGAUCUUCGUGGGGGGCAUCAAGGAGGACACGGAGGAGUACCACAUCCAGGAGUACUUUGAGAAGUACGGCCGCAUCGAGUGCGUGGAGAUCAUGGAGGAGCGCUCCACGGGGAAGAGGAGGGGCUUCUGCUUCGUCACCUUCGACGACCACGACACCGUGGACAAAAUAGUCGUCCAGAAAUACCACACCAUCAACUCUUACAACUGCGAGGUGAGGAAAGCCCUCUCAAAACAAGAGAUGAACGCAGUGUCCAACCAGCGCAGUGGAGGUUCCGGAAACUUCAUGGACAGGGGUGGUAAUUAUGGAGGUGGCAACUUCAGAGGUGGCUACGGUGGAGGACGUGGUGGUUAUGGCGGGGACGGAUACGAUGGAUAUGGUGAUGGUGGAAACUACGGUGGCGGUGGUUUCGGCGGCGGUCGCGGGGGCGGCGGAGGAGGGGGGUAUGGGGGUGGAGGUCCUGGAUAUGGGAACCAGGGUGGGGGCUUCGGUGGUGGUGGAUACAACGACGGCUACAACGAUGGAGGAAACUUUGGCAGCGGUGGUGGUGGAGGAGGUGGAGGAGGAGGAGGAGGAGGUGGGAAUUACAAUGACUUUGGAAACUACAGUGGAGGCCAGUCCAAUUACGGACCGAUGAAGGGCGGCAACUUUGGUAGAAACUCGAGUGGACCAUAUGGAGGUGAGACAGGAGGAUAUGGCUCUGGAGGUGGUGGUGGCGGAGGUGGUAGUGGUGGUGGAGGCAGUAGUGGAGGAGGCUACGGCUCCCGGCGAUACUAGCCGUGUGACUGACACCCCUGGCUUCAGUUCUUAGCAGGAGAGGCGAGGAGGUGAGCAAAGGAAUUGUCAGGCCAGCUGCAGGUUACAUUGAGGCAGUGAGUCAGACACAGAACCACAGCUAAAUGGGAGAUGUAAUUGGCGAAAAACAAAGGACUUUGGUGAAGAAGUGUAGAUGAUACCUUUCCGUACUUGUGUUAGAUCUUCCCUUUCUCAACGUUUUUCUUUCCUUCUGUGCAUCUGAAGUGUAUGUAUUGUGCCUAUGGUAUGAGGAAAAAAUAUCCUUUUUUUAUUUUUACAUCUAAAGUCAGUUCCCUAUAUCAUUUUUAUUUCUUUUUUUUUUCCUGUAGAUUCGAUUUCUGCUCAUAUGAAUUUUAAAUCAACCAAUUUGUCAACUUUGGUUUAGACAUACACCCUUUUACGUAGAAAAGUAUACGUUUUUGUUGAAGUUAUUAUGAAUGCUCAGUUGAAGCGUGUAUUUUGAUUUUGUAUUUGAAACAGAUUAUGUGUUUCCUUUUUUAGUGUGUCGUGUCUACAAACAAUAGUCUUAGAUUAGAAAUAAGGGAUCUUUCACUAUACUUGUACACAGAAAGCAGAAUUCUAGAUUGUUCAAGUAUUUUGAGAAGUAGAAAACAAAUAAAAUUGUCUAGUAAAGUGCCAUGAAGUUCAGUGCGUCAUUGGAUCAGCAAAAAGCUCAUCAGAAGUGUAUUCAUUUCUUUUUCCAUACCUUGUACUUAUGAGGUAUACAAAAUUAAGUUUUUGUCCCCACAAAAAAAAGAACAGUUUUGUUUUCCACAUGUAUUUUUUUAUUCAUUUGAACCCGGUUGGAGGACAAGGGAGUUUUGAGUAGAGUCCUCAGGCAAGGGCCCGCAGACUUCACAUGUUCAAGUGUUGAGCCAGUAGGAGUGUAACAGCCAGGAACUCCUCCAAGUGUGGCCCUCAGCAUCGCUAGUGUGGAAGAUUGCAGACAGGACCUCUUCAGCCCCAGCGCAGUGGACCAGACAGCAUGUUGAGACAGAGAGAAGGCAGCAUCAAGCACACCGCCAAUGGAGAAAAGAUUGCAGUGUCGACACUGUCGUGGCCCCCGGUAGUGAGCGUCCAUUUUUUUCCAGGGCUAGCUAACCCUUUCGACAGCCGAUGCUAGCGAAGAAAGACUAGUACCUGGACACAUUGCAGUCAGAAUACUGCAGUUUUCCACAUUCUAGAGUUCAGACGUUACAGAAGAGAAGGGAGUGAGUAUUUCACUAAAGCUUGCUUGGGAAGAUGGACCAGGUAAGAGUAACUGCUUUGCUUGAUUUGCAGAUAUGGAAAGAGGAAUUCUCUUCAUGAAAAUCUGUAAAGACCUGAUAACAAGGAAGGUACUGGAUGGGUAAGAUUUGUUUUUCAAAAUAUUAUGCAAGGUUGCCAACUAUUCACUGCCACUCCCUGAACGGGGAAUGAUCUCUAAGGAGUGCUGUUGUCUUUAAUGGCAGACCCAGUAAGUGGACAUGCAAUUAUCAAUACUUAUUUGUUUAAAAGCCGGCAACGUAAAUAGCUUUUGUAUGUCAUACUAUAGGUUCUGCCUUAAAAGACAACACUGUUCCAACUACUGUAUGUGUUAUAUAUUCUGAUCGGAAGAUAUGGAAAGCCAGAAGGUAGCUGGAUUCAAAUAAAAACAGGAUGUAGGGCAAGGGUGACAUUUGAAUGCAGCAAGGCACACAGGUUGAUGUAUCAAAGGGUUUAAAGGAUUUGGAGGGUUGGUUCAGACCCAAGGUUACUGACAAUGUCUGUGUCAAAUUAUUAUCAGCCAUGAAUUCUGUUCAACUAAUCCCAGACGAUGUACGCAUGUUACAAAAUUAGGCAGUAGGUGAGCUAUUGACAUCCUUAGUCUUCCAAACUAGUAUUUUUGCAGUUCCUUUAUCUUGGAUUUGUUCAACACAUGUAAGCCCAAACAAACUGCCCUGGCUUGGUGGUUUUGCCUAUAGGGCGUGUACAUCAGAAUGCAUUAUGGGCUUUAUUUUGUUAGGCGAUACUCCUCCAUCUUGUGAUUUCCCGAGAGAGUUCUAGGACUGUAACCCUAAAUCAACAUAAAUAUUCUGUAACAUAGUUUGGCCCGUCUUCUAAACGUCAGUCUCUCACAUAAUGACAAAAUAAUUACUAAACAGUGACCAACAUACAAUUACUACCAUAACAUUCCUAUGCUCUUAUACAACCAAAAUGGAGGCAGCCAUUGAAAUGUGAAUUGCAGAGGUUGCUUCCAUUUUUUUAAGAAUACGAGCAUUGGGAUAUUUGUGUGGAAUGGUAAUGGUUCCUUUUGUCAUUGUUUAGCUAUCACGCUAUCAAGCGUUCAGUCGGUAGCUUAACAGUCACUAUGUUUCCUCGCUCAGAAUACUGACCUCCGUCAGCAUUGCAAUGUGUGUAAUCACGAAACAAUCUAGCCAGGGCAGUUUGUAUGCACUGAUGCGUGUUGUACAAAACAAGGGUUCAGCUAAAGGCGCUGCUCGAACCCUCGCUAGGACAAAAAUUGAUGUCAAUGGCUCACCAACUGCUCAGUUUCUCAAUGUGGAAAAUCAUGGCUUCCUUGCAUCACGACAAUAUGGCAUCUUUAGCCCAACACCGCCCGGAAAAAUUCACAAAUGCAUAUUAUUCUGAAACCUCCCACUUCAUUUUAGAUUUCCAAGGGGUGUUGUCAAAGGAUAAAGACCAGAUUAACCUGGCUAUGGGUCUUAGCCAACCAGCAAAAUCCUUAAAUUCAAAGUGAUCUCCAUAUUAUCACACCUGUAUAUUUAUUGUUCACAUGUUACUCAUAUAUGGCCCACUGAGGAAAUGACUGCACUUAUUGACUAUUAUCAUUACACUAGGCUAUUCACGAGGGUUUAUAUAUUCAAUUAUUUAUGACUAUUAGUCAUGUUUUUUAGUCCUAAUUUGUGUUGUAAUAUGCAGUGUUGAGUUCAGGGAUGAAGGCUGAGGCCCACAUGUUUUUGAUGUUUAUUUUUUUUUUAAACGGGCAGGAUUUUUCCAUUUUCUGCAGUAAAUGUCAAGAAUAAACUUUGAUUAAAAGUUUCCAUCUUCAUUUGAAUACCAUUCUGUCUGUGUGGUUCCUCCUCCUCCUUCUCUUACAAUACACACCAACAUGGAUUCCGACCGGUCUACAAUAGCUAGUGUUACUUCCCUAGUAAACCUUUUCACUAACUAGCUGAAUAAAAUCAAUAUCUAAUUGAUAAUGCUUUUUUAAUGAGAACUGCUACUUCUUUGAACUGCG